CGAGCAACCGAACGGCUUGGACGUGCAGCAGCAGUAACAGCAGCGAAUCAGGAGCAAAAGAGAACAGCAGCAGCAGCUUUUUGGCUGGCAGUUUUAAACUUUGAAUGGACAACGGUCAGCAGCAUCAGGAGAAUCUCAAAGAAAAAAAUAAUAAUAAUCAAAACGUUUUGUUAUUUUUUUUUUUUUGUUUUUUUUUUUAUAAAUACAUAUUUCUUGCUUGUUGCUGAUAAAUACUGAAGGCUGGCAGCAAAGUGAAUGACUUUUGAUUGGCAGCGCGAGCGACCGUGCAAAAAGUUAGAGUGAAUAAAACAGAAGUGCAUGAACAUGCAGAAAUGCAUAUUACAAAAAAGAUGUUUUUUUUUACAUUCAUUAUUCUGCGACAUUUCUGUGGCAAAUAUCAAGCAUAUUGAGUGUGUGUGUGUGUGGAUGUAAGCUUGUACGUGCGCGCGUGUGUCUGUACGCAAUUGUGUGUGCGUGUGUAGUUACGUGUUGUGCAUUUCAAAUUGGCAGUGAGCGCUAGGCGCACAAAAAGAAUUACUUUGCGCGCUUAAAAGUAGGCAACGGAAAUGCAACCGACCGAGCUUGGCUGGCAUUUCGAAAGUGUCGCUUUCAUGUGUGUAUGCGUGUGUGCGUGUGUGUGUGUGUGUCUGUGUGUGUGUGUGCUCGCGCGUGUUACUGCAUAAGUUCUUACAGUGCCACGACUUAAGUGCAAAUUUAUGUAUUUUUAAUAGACAGCUGUGCAUGGCAAAAUAAAAUAUAAUAAUAAUUAGCUCAGAAAACAGACAGCUCAUAGAAUUGCCAGCAGCCCACCGACACACUGCCAACUAAGGAACGUCCACUGCCACAAUAAACUUUAAGACAGAAACAUUUAACAACGAACGCAACGAAAAUUACUGCCAAAAACUUAAUCAUGUACAAAAAGCAAGAAAACAGCAACUAAAUUGUUGUAGCAACAUUUUUUUUUUCUGAGUUUUUUUUUCGUUUGUUUUUGUCUGCUGAAAAAGUGCCCCAUUCCAGCAGCAACAAGAACAACAGCAACAGCAACAACAAUUUAGAAGCAGCCAACGUGUUCACAAUUCCGUUAAAGUCGCUGCUCCCGUUGCACGCCGUGUGAGUGCCCAUUGCAGCGUGUGAACAACAUGCAACAUGUGUCAGCAGCAGCAGCAACAGCAGCAGCAACUUCAACAACAACGGAAACUGCCUCGACAUCCGCUCGAGCGCUUCAAAUACUAAGAAACUUUCAACAAACACAGAAGUGUGCAUUAAGGACCGCUAGAGAUCCUCACAGAGGGGUGUAAAAGAGCUUACACCUUUUUCCCGCUUCCAGCUGUGGCAGCAAUUAACUGAUCGUUUGAGCCCAGAUCAGAUUAAUCACCACGGAGGGCAGUCCAGACCAGAGAAUCUCAUUGCGGAUCCUUGAAGGCCCACACUCACACAACAACAAUCAUUGGCAUCCGUCAGAGCAAAACUAUGAUAACAAGACUAUACAAUACCGAAGAGGAUCCCGCCUACUGCUCAUUCAUCUGGGGCGCGAAUCUCACCAGCAGCAAUGACCUCGUCCUGGGCACCACCGCCAAUUCGACCCACAUUUAUGCCAACGACUUGCGAGACGACUUAUAUGCGGACGUGGAGGAUCCGCGCACCGAAUCUCUACGCGAAUACUGCUACGGCCUCAUGUUGCCCGUCAUCUGCGCCCUGGGCAUCAUUGGCAAUGUGCUCAACCUAAUUGUUCUCACACGUCGCAAUAUGCGCGGCACCGCCUACAUCUACAUGCGAGCCUACUCCACGGCCGCACUGCUUGCCAUUGUCUUUGCCAUACCCUUUGGCAUACGCAUGUUGGUGCACAAGGAUCGCGGACAGUGGGAGGAAUUCGGACCGGCAUUCUAUACGGCACAUUUGGAGCUUUUCCUUGGCAAUGGUUGUUUGGGCGUUGGUGUGAUGAUGCUAUUGGUGCUGACCAUCGAGCGGUAUGUGUCCGUCUGUCAUCCGGGAUUUACUCGACCCGUGAUGGGUCCACCAGGCGUGGUUGUGUUUCUCACCUGUUUCGCAACAUUCAUCAUCUACUUGCCGAGCAUCUUCCGAGGCGAACUGAUCAAAUGUAUGCUGACAUCGAACAACGUUUACGUGUACUUACGGCGGGACAACAACAUCUAUCAGCGCACCAUCUUCUACUCGGUGUACAAGAUAAUGCUGGAGGUGAUAUUCAAGCUGAUACCGACGGUUUUGAUAGCGGGCCUCAAUUUGCGAAUCAUGUUGGUUUAUCGUCGCACUUGCGAGCGUCGCCGCCAAAUGGUCCUCACCAGGGCGAACUAUGUGAAGGACGACGAUCCUCGUAAGUUUGCCGAAGAGCGACGUCUAUUUCUGUUGCUUGGCAGCACAUCGAUUCUGUUCCUACUCUGCGUCUCGCCCAUGGCCAUACUACAUAUGACAAUUGCAUCGGAAGUGUUGCCCAGCUUUCCGUUUCAGGUGUUUCGGGCGCUGGCCAACCUGCUGGAGUUGAUCAACUAUUCGAUAACGUUCUAUAUUUACUGUCUGUUCAGUGAGGACUUUCGCAACACUUUGAUGCGCACCAUCAAGUGGCCGUGGCUGAAGAGCAAGCUGUGCCACCAGGUGGAUGAGGUGAGUGCUAGUCCGCCAGCUACGGCCACUGCUGCUGUUUGUAAUCCAGUUUGCCCGCCCCUUCACACAGACACAGACCAUAAAGGGCGUUCCAAUGGUACGAUUCGAUAAGGUGACUUUGCGUAAUCAUCACAUCACCACCACAUCUGGCAUUGGACGUUCGAGCAGCAUAUAGUCCAGGCUAACGCCUCCUCCUACGCCUGUCGCCACGCCUACGCCCACAUCCAUGCCCACAACCAUGCCCACAGCCAUGCCUACGUCCAUCUCCAAGUCAAACUAAAUCGAUCCCCAUCCCGAACUGCCUUUAUGAAUGCUAAAUGUGCUCGAAUUGAACAUAAGUUCCGGUGCUUUUCGCCAUAUAUAUGUAACUCUAAAUGCCGGAAUACCCCCAACAUUUGCCACAUACGUAAACCUAGCUACACUUCUACAAACCCACAUUGAGCUAAUGAGGAGAUGUGUUCAGAGCCCCUUACUGCAGUAUACGAUAUAUAUCUGAUCGAUCAGAUGACAGCGGAAUAAUUAUGCUUGUAAUUGCCCCAAGUCAACUCGACCAUUUUAAUAUAUCUUAUGAUCUUAGUUUUUUUUUUUUUUCAAUUUUAGGAUGGGGCUCUUAUCUAUAUUAAUGUGCAUUCAUGCAUUUAUUACUUAUAUACGAAUAUUAUUGGUGUUGUUCAAGGUUUAUGCUAGAAAAAAACAUUUUAGAAAACUGAAGCAAAUAUACCAAAUAUGCAUACUACAUACAUAUAUCUAUAGCAUAUAUCUUAUAUAUGUUUAGAUUGAAUAUUCAUUACAGGUUAUAAAAUUGCAAGCAAAAGAAUUUAGUAAUUGAUCGCCAACUGAGCUGAGGCUUUCCGGCCUUGGCCAGUUAUGGCAAGAUCUAUUAGUAGACCCACAAUUUUGGAGUUAAGGUGAAUAAACUGAAGAACUGAAGAGAGCUUAAAGCAGUAGCAUGAGCAAAAAUAAAAAUAAACAUACGGAAGUCAGUUCUUGCGAGGCGAACAGAAUAGCUGAGCGUUAUUAUGAUAGAGCUCGCGACCCUUUAGUUUUUAGAGCAUGAGCAAGAGCUUAGCUAUAAAAAUAAAGGCAGCGAACGAUAAAGUAUCAAUAUGCAUUUAAAUGGUCGUCAUAGUAUUUCAAUACAUAAACAUAAACAAAUACUUAAAUAAUAUUACAUAUUUUUGUGUGUCACAGUUUCAAAUCGAUAUAAAGAAAUACCCCCCAUAAUGAAACACAAUAUAGACGAUAUGUGUGUGUAUGUACUUCUAUGUGGCCAUAUAGAUGUACGAAUAGUCUAGUUUUAGAUGCAUUUCAAUGACAACAGAACAGACAGAAUUGAUCAAUAUAGAACGAUUUAUCGAUGAUAUUUAUGUAAACUGGUGUAUUUAUAUAUACUACAAACACAAGUAAACACAAUAUAUUUAUAUAUACGUAUAUGUAUCUAUUGAUUGUAGUAUUUAAGUGCGUGCAAGUGGAUUUCCUGAUUUCGAUUUUUUGUGGCACACUGAAAACUUUCGUCAGACGAAACUGUUGCAAAAUAAUAUAUUGUUAAACUAAUUUUAAUAUUUGUAUGCUAUUACAUUAAGUUAUAUUUAUGUCUAGUUGAUAGAAAUCGAACACAUUGAGUGCAUUUACAUACUAAUUCUGAGGAGGUCUAAUCAGGCGAUCAGACGAUUCGCGACAAGAAUCCUUUAUAGCUAUCCUGUUCUAGACCAUCUCUAGUAAGACUUGAUUUACCAACAAUUUUAAUUAGUUCACUAAUGAAGGUAUACCAUAUGUACGCUAGAAAUCCCCAACACUUGCAGCACUCGUAGAAAACUUCAAGAUAAAUGUGUGUACCUAGAAAAUAACUGUGCAAAAUGUUGUCUACGUACAAGUAACUAAAACAGAACCUACUAUACAAGAAACCGUAUAUACAUAUAUAUCUACAAUAUGCUUAACAACAGUAUUUAUUGGGAAGUCAGAUAAAAUUCCGACUAGGAAGCAGCAUAGAUGAGAUAUCAAUGCGAAGAAUUAAAUGCAAACUAUGCAUUCGAAUUUUUUUUUUUUGGCGAGCGCAGCUCAAUAGCAAAAAACGAAAGAAGAUAUAUUACUAUACAGAUAUACAUUUAAAAAUUAAUAAAAAUAUCUAUAUAUAUAUACAUAUAUAUGUGUAAGCUGCGGCUCAAAAUGAGUUUAAACACAUUGAAACCCAAUGCAAGGCAGGCACCGAAGUGAAUACUUAAAAUACGAAUGCAGCCAUUUGAAAGCAAACGCAUAAUUACGCAUGGAAACCAAAUUCCAAAUAUAUUAAAUAAAGAUUUAAAUAACCACAUACACAAGAGAAAUGCUGAAGGCGCGACAGCGAGAGCUGCGUCCUGAGGCCUAAUACACAGUUCAUAAACAUUUACCAACCAUAUAAACCAUUUACAUAUGAAUUAAACAGUUUAAAUUGGUGUCAAUGUUCAAUAUUAAAUACAUUAAAAA